AUGAUUCCUACUCCUCCUCCUUCUCCCAGAUCAUGUGGUGCUUGCGCCCCCGAGGACCGUCUUGGCCAAGUCCUUGCUGGAUGCAUCCAAUUAACUGAAGUCCUUGGUGUUGGUGCCUAUGGAGUUGUCUACCGAGCAUUCGAUCUCCGUACAGGAGUCCAGUAUGCAGUAAAGGCUCUUAACAAGGUUGGCCUUGAACCUAGACAAAGAUCCUUCCAGGAAAGAGAAAUCCAACUGCACCACCAAGUAAGCCAACAUCCCAACAUUGUCUCCUUGGUCAAAGUCUUGGAUUCCACCGACUGCACCUUUGUUGUCAUGGAAUUCUGCCCCGAAGGUGAUCUCUUCUCAAGAAUCACUGAACAGGGCUUCUACAUUGGUCAGGAUGCCUUGGCCAAGAAUGCAUUCCUUCAAAUCCUUGAAGCUGUAGAGUUCUGUCAUUCAGUUGGUAUCUACCACAGAGACUUGAAGCCCGAGAACAUUUUGGUUUCUUCCGAUGGUAUUACCUUGAAGCUCGCCGACUUUGGUCUCGCCACACAGGAUUACUACACCUCGGACUUUGGCUGUGGAUCAACCUUCUACAUGUCCCCUGAGUGCCAGCAAUCAAACUCACGCCCCAAUGCUUGCUACGCCUCUGCUCCCAAUGAUAUUUGGUCCCUUGGUGUUAUCCUGGUCAACCUGACCUGUGGCCGCAACCCCUGGAAGCGGGCUUCCAUGGAUGACUCUACUUUCCGCGCCUACAUGAAGGAUCGCAGCUUCCUCAAGUCCAUCCUCCCUCUUUCGGAUGAUCUUGAUCACAUCUUGAGAAGAGUCUUCGACCUCAACCCUGCUCAGAGAAUGACACUUGCCGAACUCAAGCAAGCCAUUCUUCUCUGCCCAAAGCUGACCAGCGAGCCUGCUUCUCCUAUGCCCAUGCCCUCGCCUGCCUAUGCUGCUGCCGAUGCUGCCAGAGACGUUGCUUACCUGGCAUCGGGCCACCUCAUGGAGCCCAUCCCACCCAUGUCUCAGCUGCCUGCAUCGAACCUCCAGUACUCUCAAGCCUCAACGGCCGUGGCACACUUCGAUCAGCUUCCAGCUUCCAGAACACCACCUAUGCCUUCGCCGGAGCCUCAGAAGGCCAACGGCCCCUUCGCCUUCUUCACCAAUGGUCAAUGCACUCCUCAAGCAUACAUUGCUCCAUGGUACAGCCAGUUCAUGGCAACUCUUCCAAAGCACGCUUCAAUCUUCCCGACGCGUGUCUUCUAA